AUGAACUCAUCGAGUCUCAGGAUCCUGUAUCAUACUCCAUGCCUAACAAAGUUGCCUGCCAAUGGAGUCCUGACGAAUAAACCCAUUGUAAAACCAGUUCUACCUUUUUCAUUUGGAUACAAAAAAACCCAUUCCUCGCGAUCCAAAGCAUUGUUUGCCAUCGAACAAUCCAGAAACUGGUUUGUGGUUUGGAUGGCGCUACUAGCCUAUCUGGUUGCUCAAGCCCGCGGAAAGCCCGAGCAAGAUACCGAGCAAACUGACUUGUUGUCGUAUUUGGCAUCGAAAGGAUGCAACACUGCAUGGUUGGAAGCCUUCUCCCUCUCAGGUGUCUUUGAUUUCGCUGAUGGAACGAGAGCCGGCACCUUUGUCGAUGCACAGAAAAGGGCAUAUUCGCAGCCUUCAAUUGAAUGGCUCUGUGAAUUUGGAGUUCCAGUCUGGUACAUAUGGUACCCGGAAUACAAUGAAAUAACUCAGAUGAAGGGCCUUUCUCCUCCCUGUCAUGAAGUUCAAUCAGUGGCGACUAUUAUUUUCACCUCACCCUCAGCACAUUCUUCCCUUUUUAAUUCGCCUAAAUCUCUGGGAGAAAGUUGGCAAGAAUUCUUCGCGGCUCGGGAAGAACGUAACAAAAGGACACAGGCAGCAGAAACACAUCACCAACGUCAAUGUCGAUUGAAUCGCAAGAAAAAUCCACCACAGACAGCAAAGGUUUUUGAAUGGGUAAAAGACAUUUCGGGAACCCUGGUUCGUGAACCGGUUGCUCAACGAGAACGAGCGGGACGGAUGGCAAUUUACGCCAAAGAUCAGAUACGCUACGACUCUUUCGCUAAUGAAUAUGACUGUUGUGAAGAGUUUGGACCUGGAUUUAAACAAUGGCGUAGUUUGGAAGAAGGAAAAAUGGAUUAUGACGUGUUGUCCACCUUUGACAAUGAGGUUAUCUUAUCCGAAAUGCUGAAAGGAAUACCCACAUCGUUGUCCGUAGCCAUUGAAAACGACGAUGUUUCGGAGUGGCUUCCACGCCACGUUCUCCCUGCCAGGGGCCAGUCAAUCAGCGAUCGCGCUGAGGAAGAAAUACUUGAAACUUUGCGCCUUUACUGUGGAUUUACUCCACCUUUACCAUGUCCGGACGGAACGCCUAUUUCUUCAAUAGCUGAUCAACACAACUUCCUCAAGUUUAUUGGCAUUCCUUGGAAAUCAUGUCCUGUUGAUAUUUUUGCAAAACCACGGAUUAUAGCUGCCGUUGGGUUUGUUCGUCGGUUGAGCAUUCAGUCUGCUAUUCCUGACGAUCAAUGGGACCUCAAUCGCUGUCAUACAGAGUACCUUGGGCACAGUGUGCGAUUCAAAAGUUUACGAAUUGUCAGACAGGUGACUGAUAGAUCAAAAAUGUUCUAUAUGUUUGACUUCGAACCGCAUAACACUGACGAAUGGAAGCUGACAAUGACCUCGGCAUCCGAUGCAAUGCUCAAUGGGGUUCCGUUCUACACUGUCCGCUUGUCAGACUCUCUACAACCUACGCCCUCAAAAAACCGGCAUCAUCUGCAACCAGCUGUGGAAUAUCCAUACCGCUCAGCAGGUUAUCAGUUCACCAUAGAUGAUUAUGCAGUGUAUAUUGAACGAACUACGCGUCUACUCAGCGGGCCUAUGGGUCGCAUCGCUUUGAUGAAGGGUGGCUAUCUGUGGAGAUUAGCAGUUACUGUGGUCAGUUUCGAAAGCGUCCUCACCGGCCCCGUUGUUCGCAGUGAUGAGGAACUCUUGGUAGUUACUGAUAGUGAAGAACAAUAUUGUGACAAUGAGCUGACGCCUCAGGAGCUGGAGAUUCUUAGUGGAGUUUAUCACUGCCAUACAGGACAAGGUAACCAAAUUGCUAAAAGAUCAUGGUACCCUACCCCACAAAAACAUGAAUACCCUGGACAAGGUUAUGGAAGAUGGACAUCCAACUCGGAGUCAAACCUAAGCAAGAAGCUCUAUCUGGCGACAAAGCUUGACGGAGAAUACGUCUGCUUACUCAUAGAGUAUAAGCUUCCACUACCAGGGGGAAUUAAACUAGGGUAA